AUGACUAUCGACGCCCAAACAUUGGAUUUUACUACAUUCCGAAAUGUGAUCAAUAAUCAAUUGACCACGACAACGGAGACCCGGCAUGGGAUCAACCCUGCCAACACCCAGCCUAAUCCACCCGUGCCGGUUUCGACCCAGGAGGAUCUUGACAAGGCCGUAAACGCGGCUAAAGAUGCGUUCAAGGGUUGGUCCAAGACCUCCUUUGAAGAGCGCCGUAAAGCUCUGCAUGCCUGGGCUGAUGCCAUUGACGCUAAUGCCGACGGAUUUGCGAAGACCCUCACAAUGGAACAAGGAAAACCAUUGACUCAAUCAUCUGUGGAGGUGGGUCUGGCAGGUGUAUGGAUUCGUGGUAUUACAGCUAUUGAGAUUACCGACAAUAUCAUCGAGGAAACCGAAGAUCGGAAGAUCGUUCAACGCCAUACACCCAUCGGCGUGGUGGGCGCUAUUGUCCCCUGGAACUUCCCCGUCCUGUUGGCUGUUGGCAAAAUCGCCCCUGCUCUAUACACCGGAAACACCAUUAUUGUGAAGCCAUCCCCCUUCACACCUUAUUGCGACUUGAAGCUGGUUGAGCUUGCCACCAAGUUUUUCCCUCCUGGCGUGGUUCAAUGUCUGAGCGGCGAGGAGUCCCUCGGCCCGUUGUUCACUGCUCACCCUGGAAUCGAGAAGAUCAGCUUUACUGGGUCGAUCGCCACUGGAAAGCGGGUUAUGGCCGCAUGUGCCACGACUCUCAAGCGCGUUACACUGGAGCUGGGUGGCAAUGACCCGGCGAUUAUCUGCGACGACGUUGACAUCGAUGCUAUUAUCCCCAAGAUUGGAACCCUUUCUUAUCUCUGCAGCUCACAGAUCUGCAUGAUGAUCAAGCGACUUUAUGUCCACGAGAAGAUUUAUGACGAGUUCUUGGAAAAGUUAGUCGCAUUUGUGAAGACCCUGAAGGUAGGCGAUGGCACCGAGGCGGAUACCUUCUUUGGACCUGUUCAAAAUCAAAUGCAAUAUGAGAAGGCCAAGGACUUGUUCAGCAGCAUUGGUACUGAAAACCUGAAAGCUGCACUCGGAGGCUCGAUCGAGAACUCUUCUGGGUACUACAUUCACCCGACUAUCAUCGACAAUCCCCCCGAGACAUCACGCGUGGUACAGGAAGAGCCAUUUGCUCCCAUCCUACCUGUCCUGAAAUGGUCUGAUGAGGACGAGGUUCUUAAGCGUGCGAAUGCCUUGGAGACUGGAUUAGGCGCUUCUGUCUGGAGUAAGGAUUUCGAACGCGCAACUCGGAUGGCAGAUCAACUCCAAUCUGGCGUUGUGUGGGUAAAUAGCCACUUUGAUGUGGCGCCGAAUGCACCCUUUGGUGGCCACAAGCAGAGUGGUAUGGGUGUGGAAUGGGGUCUUGAGGGUCUGCUCGGGUACUGCAAUUCGCAGACUCAGUGGCUGAAGAAGAGUUUCUAG